UAAAUGGAUAUGGUUUUAUUUUCGAACUAGUCAGACGAACGUUGCUGGAAGCCGCGGAAGUGGCUUUCGUGUGGCGCAGUGAUUUUUUUUUCCGAAUCAAAUGCUGAUACCGCACUUACACAGUUUCUUUUAAUGACUGUUUACUCACCGCCAGCAUGCACCUGGGAGCAAGACGGGCCUGCAGUCAUGUGGCCCGUUGUUUGGACAGCGAUGAGGACCUAUGCUCCCUAUGUUACCUUCCCUGUGGCCUUGGUGGUGGGAGCAGUGGGCUACCACCUGGAGUGGUUCAUCAGGGGCACCCCCAACACCCGAGACGAGGAGAAGAGCAUCCUGGAACUGAGAGAGGACAGGAAGCUGCAGGAGCAGGCCGGCGUGGACAGCACACAGGUGCUCAGCCUUAAAGAGAAACUGGAGUUUACACCUAAGGCAGCUCUGAAUAGGAACCGACCAGAGAAGAGCUAACGAUGGUUUGAAAGACUCACGGCAACGGGACGAUGCAUUGAGCGAAAGGUGUGAACCAGGAGAUGAACGCUGAUUCCUUCUAUACUCAUUAGUCGUACAUCCUGCCUGGCCACACGCUUUGUCAUUUAGUAGUUUAUAUAUAGCAUCUAUGUGCUGCAUGGAAACUAUCCACUGAUGUUGCACAUGACUUUUGGCACAUUGGUCUCUGUAACUGUUGAACAUUUCAUUGUUCAGCCUUUGAAUUGACAUGGUUUAAUGCAAUCUCUUGUCGCUUGUCCUCUGGGUUUGGAAUUUCAGGUGUCACAUUCCCGUUAAAACAUUCUUGGUCUUGUCACAUGUAAUGACGUUCAUAGACACGAUCUCCAACUGUGAACGUGAAAGCAGAGGAAGAAAGACAAGUCUUUGUUGCAGGUCUCUUAUCACAUGUAAUCUUUAUGGUAUGUGACAAAAUAAGCCAGCCAUGUGGGGGGUCUCGGGGCCUUAAAGCAGCUUAGUCCUAUUUUCUGAAACCUCUGUACAAUACUUUCAGGUUCGAUUGUUUGCAGACUGAAGGGGGUAAGGUUGCGUUUCUGGAAAAAAAUGUGAUUAAUAAAUGAAAUUUGUAUAAUUAGAGAGUGAACUGGAGAAGUACCUCAUUCCCUUUUAUUAAGAGUCAAAGCUGUUGCCAAGGAUAGAAAAUGUCAUCAAAGGUUAAGGAAGGAAGUCAUGACUCUGCUCAUUCAGUUUCUAGAACGGAGUUCACAGUAGGCGACAAUGACGGAUGAGGAAGUUACACAUCUGUUCACCUUUUGGACUCAGACCUGUAACUAUUAAAGGAAUGACUGAUCCAUUAAAAAAAUAAAAUAUAACUGAUUUCA